CCGCCUCGCGGGCCCCGGAAGCGCGCGUGGCCGCCAUGGCGCGGAAUGUGGUAAUGACAAGGGUGGACCUCAGGAAUUACCUCGAGAGCAUCUAUAAUGUCCCUGUGGCUGCCGUGCGGACACGGGUGCAGCAUGGCUCUAACAAGAAAAGAGAUCACAGAAACGUGAGGAUCAAGAAGCCGGACUACAAGGUCGCCUACGUGCAGCUGGUGCGUGUGAGCUGGCUAGCCCCAGCGGGGCCUCCGAGGGGCUCCUCGCAACUGUGUCCUUGGGGAUGUUUGUGCCGGAGACGUUGCGCUGGGGCCCAGGGAGCCCCCGUGAGGCCGGAUCUCAGGGCCUCAGUGCAGAGGCAGGUUCCACAUAAGGUCACGCUCCGUCACGGCCUUGGGGGUGUCAGUGGUGGCACUGGGAGCACGUGAGCACUGGGGCACAUGGGGCAUGUCUCAGUGUCCAGCCAUUUUGUGAUUUUGAAGUUUGAAUUCUCUGUGGGCAAAGGCAGCCAUCACAGGCCUAGUGGGUUUCAGCUCCAACACACACCAGGGUGUCUGAGCAUGGGAGGCCCCGGCCUCUGGAGAGCCUUUCCUUGGCCGGGUUUCAGACUCGGAAGCAGAGUCUGAGGCCCCUGAGGGCAAAGGUCUUCGGUGCCCAGGCAGGUCUGGCUGGCCGGGGUGUUGGCUGAGGCCCAUGCCCUGCAUUGCAGGGUAGCAGGUCCCAUGUACUUGUUAGGGCUCAGCAGGCUGGUUCUGAGCAGGUGCUUUCUUAUGUAUUCUGGGGGGGCUCUGGGGAAGAAGAACCCUCACCCCACAUUGCCUGGGCCUUCAGUUUCUGAAACCCAGACUUGUCAGUAGUGAGACCCACAGUUUCAAAGCCUUUCUUCGGGCUCUUCAUUUUGAGUCCCAGGCAAACCCAGAGGCACUUUCUCUCUGGGCCAAGAUGUCUACAGCCCGCCCCGGCCGCGUCCUGGGCCUCCCCACUCUGCCCCUGGGGCUGGCCUACUGGGUGGGGAUGGGGCUGUCUUCCGGUGUAAACGGUCCCUGGAGGCCGAGCCAGCGGCCCCUGCCACUAGAUGGCAGUAACACUAUUGUGAAAACCGCCUCCUGGGCCAGCCGGCAUAUUUUGGGGCUAAGGAGGCAAUUUGUUAAAAAGGCCAAGUUAGCAUGGCAGCUUUUCUGAAAAUCAGUCACAUUUGUUGUUCUAAACAGGGGCCCCCGGAAUAAUUUGGCCUAAUAUUUGCUGUGCAUGAAAUCAGCCAAUCCAGGUGGGGAGAGCAGCCGUUGGCCUCAUAAAGGCCUCUGUGUGCUCAGUGUCAGUCGGGCCCAUCUGUCUUUGUCAUGGCAUGUGGGUGGACAUCCCGUGUGCCGGCACUGCCACGGGCACUUCAGAGGCAGCUACGGUUACAAGUGGCAUUCGAGUCAUCCGAACCCUUGCGUUUUUCCUCUGGGCCCCACCUCCCAUGAAAACUGAACCCAGCAGCUCUGGGAUCCGGUGUCUGCAGCUGCUGCCCGCGUGUCGUUCUCCCUCUGUGAAGUCCAGGCAGCCAGAGACAGGGCAGGGCAACUGGGAGCCUGAAGGGUCCCUGUUGGGCAUGGCUCCUCCUGUUCCAGAAUUAAAAUUGGUAAUGGGUCCUCACCCCCCUUCCUGAACUCCAGCAGAUCUUUGCACAGCCUAGAAAUGGGCCGUGGCCGUUGGUCCCUGUCCCCCCGCAAAGGGGACUGUCAAGGCCCUUUCCUGUCUCGUGUCUGCUGAGACCUUGCUCAGCGUGUCCCCCUGGGCCCUGCGCCAGGGCUUAGAAUCACUGCUAAUUGCAAAGCCCAGGGAGGGAGCAUUAGAAAGAUAAAAUUAUCCACUUUAUUUGGAUUUGGCCGCUGUGGAAAGGCCCUGUCCCACAUGGUGGGAGUCCCACAUUUUUUUCCCCGACAACCUGAUAAGCAUCUCCUUGGCCCAAAGUCCUGGGAGCUGUAACCAGCGCCUCAGUGACCCACACAACAAAAAGACCAUUGACCGCCCGCUGCCCCGAGGCUUGUGUGGACGCUGAGCGGCGCAGGAAUGAAGGGCGCACGACAUGAGAGGCAACUCCAGAACAAGCCGCUGCCGCCAGCUGGGCCGAGCUCUGUGCUCGGGGCUCCGGCCUCCAGGUCCAGGCAGGCAGCAGCCCCCAGGGCGCCCUGGGAUUCCUGAAGGCAGGGCUGCCUUGUUUACUUGUCAUUAGGACAUUUUUCUCCAUUCCUGUCCUUUACCCCGAUCAGCUGUCUCUCUCCUUUUUGGAAGGAUCAAGGGCUUUUUUUUUAGGUACAAGGUGAACUCUUCUAGAAAGGGGAACCCCCUGAGAAACCAUGCUUGGCAUCCCCAAACGGUGUUUGUCUCUCACCACCUUUCCCCAUUUCUUCCCGAAGCUAUGACAAAUGGCCAUGUUUGUGUUUUAAACUGUCAUUUUGGGUUCCCCUUGCCUCAGAAAACUAGCAGAGUCACCUCCACAUGGUAAAGGUAAAUCUACCAUUCUGGGCAGUCAGCCUCACAUGUGAACGAUUGCCCCUUGGUAUUUUAAAAGACGCAAAGUUUAGAGCUGUAUAAGCCAAUCCUCCUGCAGGCUGGCUACGGCGCACGCAGUGCCACUCUCCCCACCAGCCCCUGCGCUCUGCACCAGGGAUCAGGGUGCAUACACCUCCCUCGCAGGGUGGAAUCCGGGCCUGUUUCAGAUCAUACUUGGCUGCCUGCCCACAUCCAAAUUUAUUUACACAACAAGGGUCUGCAAGAGCCAAGUGUACUUGACUGAUUUUACUGACUAAAGGUUUCCAGAUUCGGGUGCCAUCCUCACUCCUCCUCCACCUGUCUGGAAACAGAAGGGCGGCUGCUCCCCGACAUGUGCCGGCCCACUCCUCCCUCUUCCCUUCCCUUCCCUCUCCUCUGGUCUGCUCUUUCUGCCUCUCACCCCUUAGCUUUGGAGCUACUUAGUAAUCAUUAGCAAGUUAAAAUGGCUCCUCAUAUUUGCUUAGGUCCCCAAGGAGCAGUAUCCCCUCCUUCUCGUGAACCCGAGCCACAUGCUGUGGCCUGGGCUGGGGCUUGGCUGACACGGACAUAUUCUGAACUCAGCAGAAGAUGUAAGACCAGUUAAUUGACAGAGCCGGUCCUGAUCUAUCAGCUGCCGCACGUGCAUGUUUCUUCGUACGUGAUGUUCAUUUUAAUUGCCAGGCUCUGGGCUGGGAGGACGAGGAGCUUUAAUGUGAGUAGAGCCUGAGGCAUUUUGGAUGGACAGGUUCAGCGUGGUACCAGACGUGAUUUGUGUCAUGUUUUUCCAUGCCUUGUUCCUGCCCCCCCCCCUCCGCCAACCAGGUGGCCCCGUGCUAGUAAAUGGGUGCACCCAGGGCGGGGGCAGACAUCAGGCCCUAAAGAGACAAUGGUGGGGAAAGCGGCCUUGUCCUAGAGCUGUGACCUCUGCUGCAGCAUGACAGCCAGGGGCCGAUGGCUGUGGGGGUGCUUACAUUCCAGGCAGGGACGCUGCCCCAGGAGGCCCAGGGAGGUACCUCUGAGCAGUUGAAUCCGGCGCCCGCAGAAAGGGGCUGCCAGAAAGCAUGAGGCUCCCCCAUGGACCCCUCUGCCGAGGAGUCUUUGCAGCUCUGGCUGGAGCCUUUGUUCUCCGCCUUAGGCCCAUGGACAGACCUUCACGUUCCCAGAUUUGUUUCCCGAGAAAGACGAGAGCCCUGAAGGCAGCGCUGCCGACGACCUCUACAGCAUGCUGGAGGAGGAGAGGCAGCAGAGGCAGAGCAGCGACCCGAGGCGGGGCGGCAUCCCUAGCUGGUUCGGGCUGUGACGGGGCGGCCAGUAGGGGCACGCCCCAGGUGGGCAACUGUGGCAGAGCAGUCCUGACACCUAAAUAAAAGUCCUGCUGCAGGAGAAA